GCUUCAAAGCUGUUUCUUCUCUCACGCGAGUCAAGUUCGGAAGAAGGUUGCUGCUGGCUAGCUUGGUGAUUUUUAAAAUCGUGUGAAAAAAGCAAUCCAGCUCCCGGAACGGGCCAGCAGUAUGUGGAUUACGGCCUAUGGUGUCACGGAUUAGCGGAAGUUGUGGAAAGGGGCUUCGGCCAAAGCGCUGACGUUUCAACAAAGGCGCCCGGACAUCGUCGUCGGAGGCAGGCCCUAUAGCUGGAAGGUAAAGUGAUUCGCAAAAAAAAAGUGCUGGAAUAUUACUGCCUGGAAAACGCGACGUGACGGAACCCCAACCAAGUGCCAGAACGUCCCGAAGUGUGUGCAAAUCGCUGGGACAGGUCGAUUUCACCUGUGCGUUUUGUUCGUCGGUCGUCGUCGGGGGCGCCUAGUUUCAUGGAACAUCCGACACGGGAAUCGAUCUGGACGACGUGCAGCAGCUGCUGGUGGUGCCAGCCGGAUUGUACUUUGGCCACUUGAGAGGCUACCGAGGAGAGAGGGAGGAGAAGUGGUGCAGCCGCCAGUACACAAGUGCCAAAAGGAGUGUGUACAGUGGGACAGCAAUUUGGAGUGGUGGAGUUGAGGUGAAGAAUCUGCUGUAGAAGUGAAUAUCCUCCUGGUGAAGAUGAUUGUCGAAUAAGCGAAACGAAAGGAAAAGGAGUUGAUAAAGAAGCGAGUUGAGUGUGUGGAGCAGUAGAGAAGCAGGCGCAAAAGGUGUAGAAAAGAGGAAAAGUCAAGCAGCUGAAGAGUACCAGGAGUGGGCUAUCGAUUUUCGUCCAGUGAUCCAGUGUCAGAAGCACGGGAGGGAAAACACAGCGCGAAAGAGAGAACGAAGUCGUCGUCGUCGCCAGAAACAGCUGAGACGCGGUGGAUCCUUGGAAGGAGGUCGUUGGGUUGGUUGGAUAUCCCAAGCGAGUGUGCGAGUGUGAGUGAGUCCCCCGUUGUCUGGACCGCGAAGAGUGUCCACGAAUGUGGGAGAUUGGCAUUCCGUAAGCGAAAAAAAAAAAAAGAAGAAAGUGCUGGCCAAAUGCUAUGCAGUGUGAAAACUGUCGCGAUUGAUUGAUUGGGCAAACACGGUGAAGACGGAAAAAGGAUAACCCGAUUGUGGGUGGCAGCUGUGUAGUGUGUGUCAGUGUGGCGCGCACACAAGCAACGAUCGAAACAAAAGCAGCAGCUGUGUGUUUGUGUGGCGCGCGCGUGCAUGUUCUUCACGCACUCACGCACGCACGCGAGUAAAACAUCUGUUCGAAUAAAGUGAGGGAUUGCUCGCGAGAACGAGAGAGAGAGAGAGAGAACGAAACGCAUACCAGCGAUUUCGCGCGGCGUGACUCCACAAAUACCAACCCGAGCGGUCGGAGAGAGCGAGAUCCGCCGAGGAGAAGAGUGCUCAGGUUAACGACAGCAGCGUUGCCAGAUCAGCUGACUGGCUGUUGAACGACGUUCUCGCAACCCACCCUCUUUCCGCUCGGCUGAGCGCGUACAUUUUUCCUGUUGGACCCGGUUACAAAGCGGCUUAGAAAAUAAAUUUUAAUCUGACGCUCGGUUGGUUCGGUGGUGCUUCUGAGAUGUCCGACACCGGCAGUGGACACGACGGAGCCCAGAAGGACUACUCGCAAAAAAUGGAUGGCGGCGGCGGCGACUUUGACUCUGGGCAGCAGAGUCAACAGACGGAACAGGAACUGGCCACCAAGAUGCUGCAGAUUCAGUCAAAGCGGUUCUAUCUGGACGUGAAGCAGAACCGACGCGGCCGGUUCAUCAAGGUGGCCGAAAUUGGCGCCGACGGAAGGCGCAGCCAGAUCUUUCUGGCGUUGUCGACAGCGGCCGAGUUCCGGGAUCACCUGUCGACGUUCAGCGAUUAUUACGCCUCGCUGGGACCACCGAAUCCGGACAACGUGCCCGAGGAUGGCAAGCUAAAGUCCGAAAUGAUGAUCAAGGACAACCGGCGGUACUACCUUGACCUGAAAGAGAACGUGCGGGGCCGGUUUCUGCGCGUGUCUCAGACGAUCACCCGCGGCGGUCCGCGGUCCCAGAUUGCCAUCCCGGCGCAAGGGAUGAUCGAGUUUCGCGAUGCGCUCACCGACCUGCUCGAGGAGUUCGGCACGAACGACGGCGGCUUUAAGGGCGAGCUGCCCGAGGGGCGCCACAUGCGUGUGGACAACAAAAACUUUUACUUUGACAUCGGUCAGAACAGCCGGGGCAUCUACAUGCGGGUGUCGGAGGUGAAAAGCAACUUCCGGACCGCGAUCACCGUGCCGGAAAAGUGCUGGUCGCGGUUCCGUGACAUCCUCAGCGAUUACUGCGACAAGAUGAAGAAAACGUCCGAGUCAACCACAUCGUCGAUCACUGCCGAUAACCCAUUGCAGAAGCAAACAUCAAAUAAUAUGUAAAUUAGUGACGCGAGAGAGACAGAAUUCAAACAGCAACAACAACCCCCGUCGUUUUGGCUUCGUUUCCGCUUCCUUACGUUUUUUUUCUCCUCCUUACUGGAGUCCGUGGCCGGUUCCGUUUGGGUCCUGCUCUCAAUUGUAAAAUUAUUAAUACCAUUUAGUUAUGUUUCAUUAAUUUUUGUUUUUCGUUACGUUUCCUUAAUUUCGUUCUAAAAGAAAGAAUUAUAUAUUAAAUUAUAAAUGAAAAGGAGUAUAAAAUAUAUUAUACAAAUAGUUAUAAACGAAAAAAACGAGAGAGAACAUCAGAUCUAAUCUGAAUAUAAACCGCAGUUAUAAGAAUUAAAUAAAGAGGAAAAUUUAACAAAUUAAAUUUAACACAACAAAAAAAUACAAGAAGAAAAAAUCAAUCCUUGCGCGUGCCGUUCGAAGCUGUGUGAAAUUUGCAAUCUUUUUGUGUUGUAAUGGAAAACGAAUUAUUUUUGUAAAAAAAAAGAAUAUUAAAUAAAAUAUAGUGUUUACGCUUUGGACAAACUUCAAUAGAGAUGAUUAGUGUAAAAUAUUAACUAUUUUGAAGUGGUUGAUCAAAAGAAAUAUUAAAUAAAAAUAUAAAUCAGAGCAGUCUAAACAAAAUCUAAUCAGUUUCGAAAACUAGUGCUAAAAGGUUGAUCUUUCAUACACACAGAGAGAUGGCGCAGCAAAGUGUGCAGGCUCGCGUGAUGAUUGAACCUGCAAAAUUACCAAUAACAGAAGGCAAAACACACAAGCAAAAUGGAACAACCAAGCAAAAAACAACAACCGGGAAAUAUUACAAACAAAAAAAAACAAAAGGAAGCGCAGUUGAACGUAGCCGAAUUCUUAGCUGGAGCUGGCAAAAAAAAAUCCGAAACAAAAACAAAGCAAAAACAUUUUCCAGAAAAGCAGAGCGCCAACAAAAAAAAUGGACUAGCAAAGAUGAAAAUGCAAGCGGAGAGAGACGAUCGCGUGGUUUUUCUUUUGAUUUUUUCAAUAAUCUAGUAGAUUGCAAUUAUUCAACAAAGUAUAGUAUAACUAGAGUUCGGAGGAACCCGCUAGUCUCUCUCUGCGAGCAGUGCUGGAAACAUUUGGGGCAAACACACACAUACACGAACACACAUACAAACAUUCACACUCUCACUCACUCACUCACAAACAGACUUGAAGAACAUGCGACCGAGUGUAAAAAGAAGAUGAAAGUAUAAUGGCAAAGUCAAUAUAUAUUACUGUUAAAUGUUACACUAAAAACAAAGGGGAAAAGCAAAGCUCUGCGCGGAUGAAUUUGUGUGAUUUUUUAUUUGUUUCUAGCGGAAAGCGAAAUUGAAAAACGGGGCACGAAAAGCGACACGAUCAUUGCCACAAUCCACUAAAAAGAAGUAACAUUUGUUUGCGUGCAUCAGUUUCUCCAUCUCUCUCUCACCAAACACAGAAGCUCUGAAGAAGUCAGAAUAAAAAGUCAGAAUUUACAAGCAAGUAGGAAAACGAAAAAAAAAAACGUUUCGAGAAUCAUGCGUUGCAUUGAUCGAUAACGAGGCAAGAUAAAACAUGAUUGUAAAUCAGUGUGAAGAAAAAACAAAAGUAUAAGAAAGUAAACGGUAAUAAGAAAAAAACAAACAAACUGGUCGUCCGAGCAAAACGUCUCCUAGAGGCAGCAUAAAAGCGUGGAACGGGACCAACAGCUGUGAUCUACUGUGAAAUGAGAACAAUUCUCCUAAUUUACACACACCCACGUAAAUGCGAGAUGAAAUUCCCACGUGUUAAACGAGUUUUUAAUUAUAGAUUAUUUUUUUCGCUUUUUCUUUGUUGAUGUCGCAAUACGGAAAGUGGACGAAAUUAGACAUUUCUUUAAAAAUGGUCCAUUGACGUCGACUAAAAGUCGAUCGUUUAUUGCUUUGUUGUUUGUUGAUUUUAAAUCUGUUUGAAAAUACAAGAUUGUUGAAAGUUUGGACCGUCUGAAAUUGUUUUGAAGGUGGUGCGGAUUAGUUACUUAAAUUGUAUCGAUUUCUUCGUUCGACAAAUUUGGUAAUAAAAUUACCACUAAGCAGAAAGCUUUUAAAACCUUGGACUGCACGGGCUAACACUGAAAGUGUUUUGAAAUCAUGUUUCUACUAUUCUAAUUUUGAGAAUUUUUCACGAAAACUUCCCUUUAAUUUUCUCAGUUCUUUGUUGUGCUCCCUGGUUAUCGCAUUCAGCAAAAAAUAAAAAAUCUUAAAAUUCCGGUCACCGAUUGAAAUAUGUCGGUCCACAUUUGAAAUUAGUCGAUCAUCUAUCAAAAUUUGGCAAACGCUCAUCGAAAUAUGUCGAUACUCGAUCGAAAAAUGACGAUCCCCAAUCGAAAUGUUGCUGUCGUUUAUUGAAAUAAUUUCUCGAACGGCAGUCGAAAUUUGGCAACCGUUAAUCGAACGAUGUCGAUCAACGACCGAAAAAUAUCGGUCCCCAGUCGCAAUUACUCGAUCGUCGAUCGAAAUUUGACAUUUUUUAAUCGAGAUAUUAUCGUCGAUCGUAAUUUCUCGAUCAUCGAUCGAAAUUUGACGGUCGGUAAUCGAAAUAUGUCGAUCAAAAUAUGUCGGUGACAAUCGCUGUUUCUCGAGCUACAAUCGACAUUUUUCGGUUGUCAAGCGCAAUAAGUCGAUCGUUAAUCGAAGUAUGUUUGUAAAUCGCAAUUUCUCGAUCCUCAAUCGAAAUUAUCUCGAAUCUAUCGAAUCGAAUCGAUGUUCGACAAUCGUGACUUGUUGAUAGCCGGUAAAACAUACCGAUCAGAAUCUAGAUCGAAAUUUUUGUUUCGAUCGGCGAUCAUUGUAAUAACGAGCUACCGUGGCCGUAAGGUUACGGAUUUCGCCUUGUAAGCGGAAGGUGAAGGGUUCGAUUCCUGUCUGGCUCGGUAAAGUCAGAUCCCUUCAAAGAGUUAAUCUGCUCACUGGGAAUCCUAAUCGACUGAGUUCGAUUCUCGUACCGGGGAGAUGAAGUUUAAAUGAGACCGACGAUCAAAUUGUUACGAUCGAAAGAUUUCGACGGACGACCGACAUUUUACGGAUCAUGAUUUUUGAUCGAAUGCAUCAAUCAGGGACAUAGAUUCAAAAAUAUGUUUUGUUAGAAAAAUGUGGUUUAAAAAUAAGCUGUUUCAAAACAAAUAAUUUUCAAAAUAUUACAUGGUCAAUAUUUUGAUCCGGCGUUCGGUAGUCUCUAUCGAACUUUCUUUAAUGAAUGUGAUACCAACGGAAAAUUCUAGAAAUUCAAACUCUUUCAUAGUGUGUAUAUUUACUAUUUAAAAAAAAUAUAACAUAUUAAGUUUCCACAAAAAUUACACGCUUAGGCAUCGGAAAUUGUUUGUCGGAUUAAAUCCGCAUCGGUUUCCGGAUCGGAAGGAAAGCAAAAUUUACGGAAAAAACACAAUUCAACAAUUGGACUUGUUAAAUAAAUUCCUGUCGUUGUUUUAAAUUCCUAGAAUAUUGUAAUCUAUCCGAUUAUUCUGUUUCGAUUGGAAGUUGUCGAUUUUGCACUAAGCUUGCUGGGAUUCCUAUCUGGUGAGUACACGAGAGCUCGAAGGCAUCCAUAUGCCUACUGCGAUCGAAAUAUUCCGAUCGAAAAGUAUCGAUAGAAUGCAAUAAUCAGGAUGAAAAUUCUUUAUUUCUAGCGAACCUGUAAGCUCUGAGCACUGGAAGGAAAAGGAAAAGAACGACGUGUCUAUAGGAUACGGAAACACACUCACUCAUACACACAGAACCACUCACACACACACAUACAAACAAAAAGCUUAGAAGCUGAUGAAUCGUUUACUGCACACACACACACAGUUGAGAAAAAACGGAGGAUACAAAUGAAGUAAGCAAACAAUAGCGAUCAUGUUAAUUGAGGUAAAAAGAGAGUUAAAAUCACACAAAAGAAGCAACACAAACAAACAAAAAAGGGCGGAAAUUUGUUUUUGUUUUGGGGCACUCGGUGUGGAGUAUUUUAUGAAUUUGGAACCUGAAGAAAACAAUAACAAAACAAGUUGAGCAGAACAAAAAGUUGCAAGCAAACGAUGGUUCUUUUUAAAAAAAACAAAAAUGAACAAAAGCGCUAAACCAGAUUAUUAUCAAUUAUUGAAUGAAUUAUUAUCUACUGCUACCAUUACAACAAACAACAAAAAC